CCAUCACAGUAUCGCAUUCCUUCCUCUUUCACUUGCUGUAUAGAAAGAAAGCUCUCUCUCUUUUCUCUCUGCUACAUCAUUUUGGAAUCUUAUUCUUCUUCUUCUUCUUCCAUAAUUAAGCUCAAACAAAAGAUUGUCAUGGCUACCGGAGAGGAGAAACCGCUGAUGGUCGUCGGUCUGGACGAAAGCGAGCAGAGCACCUACGCUUUGGAGUGGACGCUUGAUCGUUUCUUCGCUCCUUAUGCUCCGAAUUUUCCGUUCAAGCUCUUAAUCAUCCACGCCAAACUUAACGCCGUCUCUGCCGUUGGUUUCGCUGGUCCCGGAAUUGCGGAGGUUGUGCCUCAUGUUGAUGCAGAUUUGAAGCAUACCGCUGCUAAGGUUGUCGACAAGGCCAAAGGAAUCUGUGAGAGCAAAUCGGUUCAUGACGCGACUAUGGAAGUUUUCGAAGGCGAUGCGAGGAAUAUCCUGUGCGAGGCUGUGGAUAAACACCAUGCUUCUCUUCUUGUUGUGGGAAACCAUGGUCAUGGAGCUAUCAAGAGGGCGGUUAUGGGGAGCGUGAGCGACUACUGUGCUCACCAUGCGCAUUGCUCCGUGAUGAUCGUGAAGAAGCCUAAGAUCAAGGUCUGAUGAUCACCCAACAGCCAAAAUAAAGUGUAUCUGCAUAGUCAAAUCAAAAUUGUGCCAAAGAGUGAAAUAAUGUUUACCUUGAUGUGAAAUGAUUCAAGACAAUCUUUGUGUGUGGUUGUUUAUCACAUAUACUCUUUUAAUAGCAGAGUAUUCGCUAUUCCUGAACUAAAUUAUAUGAUGAACUAUAACAUUUCAACAUCA